AUUUAAUAACACAUUUGCAUUUUAAUUUAAAAUAUGUUAAAUUGAUGAUAUUUUAAUUAGUUUGAUGAGUUUGUACUAUAUUUAUGUGUAAUCUAGACUUAUGUUGUUUUUAAGUAAAAUAUGUAAACAUUGGCAUUAUAAAACAUGGCAAAGAUAUACCGCCGGUUAUUUGAGAACAUUUAUAAAGAAUCGUUUACCAAACAACGAGCUUAUAGGAUAUGUGAUAAACGAUAAACAUCCUAAGUCCGUAAGGGUGGCCUGUGAUAGAUAUAUGUAUGUGGUCCGGUAUAAGAAGACAUUUAGAAUGACCAAAAAGGUCUGGGUUCAUGAUGAAUAUAAAGAGGCAAGACUGGGAGAUAUAGUAAGGAUACAGCCUCUUGGAUAUAGGAUAGGCCCUUGGAAAACGUAUGUAUUAACUAGAAUACUACACACCCAAAAUCCACACCUUGAUAACUUUUAACUAUAAUAUAUUACUAUGCCA